UCAAUCCUCUAUAACCUUGCCCGAUUCAUUCCCUUGUCUGAUCUUCUACCGUAUCAUCUUCUUCGAUCUUUGGAAUCGAUAUCUGUAGUGCAGUUCAAGAUUAUGGACUCCUCAAACGCAUUUGGUGGUCACCCACAAAAGCCGGGUGCCUCCACUCCUCCGCCACCCCGGCCGCCGGCAGAGGGCGUCCCAGCGCAAUUCAUGAAACCAAAUUAUGGGAAUAACGCAGGUUUCCAUGCUCAACCCGUGGACAACGUGCCUUGGUCCUCUGGGCUUUUCAGUUGCUUCGGCGACAUUCCAAUUUGUUGCUUGUCAUUUUGGUGCCCCUGCAUCACAUUCGGGCGAAUCGCAGAGAUUACUGAUCACGGAUCGGUUUCAUGCCCUGUGCACGGAGCUAUUUACACAGCGAUCGCCUUGUUGACCGGGUGCGCCUGCUGCUUCUCCUGCUGCUACCGCACCAAGAUGAGACAGCAAUACCAGCUAAAAGAGGAUCCUUGCGCCGAUUGCUUAGUCCAUUUCUGCUGCGAAACCUGUGCUUUAACCCAGGAGUACCGCGAGCUCGAAAGGCGCGGAUUUGACAUGUCCCUCGGAUGGGAUGGGAAUAUGGACAGGCAGAACAGAGGAAUCCCAAUGGCUCCAGUUCCUCCUGGAGGCAUGAUGAAGUAGAGAUUGAAAAUCACCUCAACUCAGCUUAAAUGCUCCAGAAAUAUAAACGCAAAAGCCCUUGUAGGGUCUCUUUUUUUCGCCUCGAUUGUAUCUUCAUUUGGCUGUAUCAAUCUAUAUGUAGUGUCCAUCUGUUUUGUACAAUGCAUUCUACUAGUACAUCAAUAAACCAAAAGCUUGCUAGACAACAGAA